AUGAACAAAUGCAUCUUCGUCGACGCAAAGGGCGAACUCUCUGUCAGAGACAAUAUUGCACAGCACCAACCACUCGGAGGGCAGGCACUCGUCAAAGUUGAAUACUCUGGCAUCAAUCCCGCGGACAUAGCACAUGCCCGGCUCUUGGGGUUUGGCGACAAUGUCUGUGGCUAUGAGUUUUGCGGUACCGUCGUUGCUGUCGGGCCAGAAUCCCGCUACAAUAUCGGCGAUGUUGUCUUUGGCUCCAAUGAGCCUGGCAGAGGGCGACCUCAAUACCAUGGUGCUCAUCAGAACUUGGUCAUUGCCGAGUCAGACUCCAUGUCAAUGCGGUUGUCCAAAGGUGUUCCCCAUUCAGAUGCCGCAGCGUUGUCCAUCAUGGUCCGCACAGCUGCAGAUGCCUUGCUCAACCGGUUCGAGCUCCCGUUUCCAGCAAUUGGAUUCAAUCCAAGCACCAAGUCGGGUGCGUUGGUAAUCUGGGGUGGGGCGAGUACAGUCGGCAGCGCAGCGAUCCAGCUUGCCAAAGCCAUGCACGUCAGACCAAUCUUCGUCACGGCGUCGGCAUCCAACCAUGAAGCGCUCAAGCGUCUUGGUGCUACACUAUGCUUUGAUUACCACAACGCAAAUGUCGUUGAGGCGAUCGUCGAAGCUCUGAAAGAAAGCGGUGCACCGCUGAGGUUCGUUUUCGAUACUAUCUGUCAGCCUGGCAAUCCCGGAACAAGGUCGCUGUGUGAAGCCCUGUCGACGUCAGAGGCUAUCAGAUUCGCAUGUACGAGACCACAGCCACAACACCCGAAAUGGAGGAUGGUUCUAGCUUCCAGAUCGCGCGAGUUCCGGUUCCCACCUCCCCUGCCCAUUGCUGAAGCUGCCCCUGAGUGCGACGCACGGCUGGAACAGACUGUGAGAUGGGCCAUGGAGAACUAUGGGAAUGGGUUUCGGAUACCCAAGGUCAACAUUGUCACGGGUGCUCAGGCAGGGGUAGAUGCGAUCAAAGACACAUUUGAGGGAAGAAUCAGCUUUCAGAAAGUGGUAAUUGAGCACCCAAUCUAG